GUUUUCUUACAAUCUGACUGUAAUUUGUAUGCUGUCUCUUCACAACGUGGUUAAAAAGGUGUAAAGAUGGGUCGUAUGCAUGCUCCUGGCAAGGGUAUAUCCCAGUCAGCAGUUCCUUAUAGACGCAGUGUCCCAACGUGGUUAAAGUUAACUCCAGAUGAUGUAAAGGAACAAAUUUGUAAAUUGGCCAAGAAAGGUUUGACUCCAUCUCAGAUUGGUGUAAUUCUAAGGGAUUCCCAUGGAGUUGCCCAAGUGAGGUGGGUCACUGGAAACAAGAUCCUGCGGAUUCUGAAGGCUAAAGGCUUGGCUCCAGACUACCCUGAGGAUUUGUACUACUUGAUUAAAAAGGCUGUUGCUAUACGUAAGCAUUUGGAGAGGAACAGGAAGGACAAAGAUUCCAAAUUCAGACUGAUUUUGGUUGAAAGUCGAAUUCAUAGACUAGCUCGUUACUACAAAAGCAAGAGAAUCCUUCCUCCCAACUGGAAGUAUGAAUCAUCUACUGCAUCAGCUAUGGUGGCUUAAAAUAAACAUAUGAUGUGUAUACUUCUCAAAGUCAAAUAAAAAAAUAUUCUGGCCGA